AUGUUUGGUUCACGGGUGGUGAACGAUGAGAUUCGUCGAAAGAACUACAUACGAAGUGGAAAACGGACAGCCCUCGCUGUAGCGCGCGAGAAUUGGCCAAAGUGGGCGAAGCUCGGAUUGGCAAUGGAUCUACUGGAAACGAAGGAUGGGCUGUCGUAUUUUGCUUUCAACCACUCCCGGGCGUACCAAGAAGUACAAAUGGGUUUCUUCCAAGCCAUCAGCACUCACGAUCCCCAUACAAUGCAGACACUCCUUCAUGUAUAUCCAUAUCACAUUGACUCUCUCCUUCAACUCAGCGAAGUUUGCAAACACAGCGGUGAUAUUGCUAUGGCAGCUGAACUCGUAGAAAGAGCGUUAUUUGCGUUCGAACGAGCCUUCCAUUCACAAUUUAACAUUGCGACGGGCACCUGUCGAGUGUCAUAUAUGCGUUUCGAAAAUCGCAGCUUCCACCUGGCAAUUUUCCGCCAAAUUGGGUACAUUGCUAGGCGAGGAUGUUGGCGCACAGCAUUUGAGUUUGCAAAGCUUCUCCUCAGCCUUGAUCCCGAUGACGACCCGCUUGGUACUUUACUCUUUCCUAUUCGAACACAGCUAUUGAUAAGACAGCUUACAAUCUACCCAAAGGACCAUAGUGCUAGUUCAUGUAUGCUGCAAAAAGCUAUCGCUUGGUUCCCCUCUGUUGUCGCUGGUCUAUACGAAAAGACGGCCACAAGCGACUCAAGAGUGUCUGGCGAUGCUUACUUCCUGUCGAACGAUACUCCUGAUUCACUGCAAUUGUUAAUAGACCUUUACGUAGAGAGAAAUCAUUCCUUAUGGAAAGUCCCGGAAGUGCUGGCGUGGCUGCGACAGAAUGUCGCAGCAACUAUAGAUAAGCUUAACCGGAACGAUCAGGAGAUUGAAGAGGGACGACGUGUUCGGGCAGAGCAAUACCAUGAUGGCGUUCCUCGCAAUCUUUCUAGACAUAUUUUCAUCUCCGAUUUCCCUUCCAUUAGCGCUGCAUUGCCACCGGAAGCUGUUGCAUCCGGUGUCCAAGCUUAUGACCCUCUUCCACCAGAAAAUGCUCCGUCGUCUCCUUAUUCGGAUUACGAAAACAGCUCACGGUCAGAGAACAACCCAUUUUCGGACAUGGGAUUUCUCACUGGUCUGCUGCGAAAUUUGUUACCAUGGAUGAACGUGAACAGGGACCAGAACGGUGCCGGCGGCGAAGGGCAACCAGAGGACAUUCGAAAUUUGGCUAAUAUGGCUGAGGCUGUGUUAAACCCGCCAAAUGAACUUAUCGACGCUGAUGGGGAUGAGAAUGUCGCUGCCACCAUUCGUGCCGCACAGGAAGCCUUACCAGGACUGUUUCCGCCUGCGACAGAGGAGAAUCCAAAUCCGGAUUGGAUGGCAGGACUGAGGGAUACAAUCGCUCAAUUGCGUUUGUUUGGAGGUUGGGCUGGUUUCGGAGCUGGGGCUGCAGAUGAAGGAAACGCAGUCGAGGACGGAGGAAAUGGUGAAGGGGUAGACGAAGACCAAGAAAACGAUGGUGGUUCUGAAAGUGCUCCAGAUACACGAGAGGAAUAA